AUGCGGGAGUUUGAGUCAGAUCGCUGUCCGCUGUACAGAGAGAGUGCGGAGUGCUUGGAGGAGGACCAGUCCCGGGCGGCUCAUGACUAUCAUCAUCAUCAUGGGUUCCAUCGCUCUGGAGAUAUUCGGCAUGUCCAUCAGUAUCAUCGGCUGGGUCGGGGUGAUCCUGACCUGUGCCCUCCCCAUGUGGAUGUCCGCCUUCAUAGAACAGAACAUCGUGGUGGCUCAGUUCAUCUGGGAAGGUCUAUGGAUGCAAUGUGCGGUGCAGAGUACUGGUCAGAUGCAAUGUAAGAUCUAUGACUCCAUCCUAGCCUUGCCAAGGAGCUCCGGCUGGCAGGGCUCUCACAGUCAUGGCAUCAAUCGUGGGCUGGUCGGACUUCUGGUGUCCGUGGUUGGAGCUCAGUGCACGGUCUGCUACCAGGGCAGCAAGGUGAAGAACCGAAUAUUGUUCGCUGGAGGAAUCAUCUACAUCUUGGCUGGCCUCCUGGUCCUCAUCCCCCUCUGCUGGACAGCCAACAUCGUCAUCCGGGAGUUCUACGACCCCCAUGUACCAUCCUCCAAGAAGAGGGAAAUGGCUGCCCUGUACGUGGGCUGGGCUUCUACCGCGCUCCUGUUCUUCGGGGGUGUGCUCCUCUUCUCCUGCCCAAUGAAAGGGCAGUUCACCCCACCUGUCAGAUACUCUGCCUCUAGGAGACCACCUCCAAUGGGGACUAUGACAAAAGAACUAUGUAUAAGGACAGGCAGGGCACUGACCCUUCCAUUUUUGGAUGGAUACCCACAGGGUCCUCAUUAUGUAUACUGCACAUUUUCCUGAGAAACUGGACUUUUCCUGAAUCUUGUGUAUAUACCCGACAAUUGUAUGUUUCCAGAACACAACCCUGCCACCUGAAGAUCUGUG